AUGUAUGCUGAUCGAGUGGAGGCGGAUGCCCAGGCUAAUAGGUCGAUUAAGGAUAGGCUUAACGGCAAUUCAGCCGCCGAUUCUGGUCGACGGAGGCUUGUCUCCGGCAAGAGGCAAAGAGAAGAUGAUGACAAAUGGGAACAUGAUCUUUUUGAGGAGAAUGAACCUCAAGUUCCAAACCGCAGAAUUGGUGUGAAAGAUCUUCGCUUAAAGCUCCAAAGAAAGAGCAACGAUCAAGUGGAAGGUAAGCCUCUGCAGCCGAGGUCGAAGCCAGCUCCUGACGUCGGUAAACCUACCAGGAAAAGUGCCAUAGCUGAAGCCACUGUGCCAGAUACCAAAAGAGUUGCUGGCCCAGGUUCUGAAAAGAAGACUCAGCAGAAGGCUGAAUCAGUGGAUAAUUUCCUGCAGUCCCUUGGUCUCGAGAAAUAUUCAAUUACGUUUCAGGCUGAAGAAGUUGAUAUGACAGCCCUAGUACACAUGGGUGAUGAAGACCUGAAAGCUUUGGGAAUACCAAUGGGUCCAAGAAAGAAGAUACUUCUAGCACUGGAGUCGAAAGUCUGA